AGUGACACACUACUCACUUUUCACACAUACACUGCAUGUAUAUAUCGAGACGGUUAUAUAUAUACACAUAUACAUACAUUCAUUCAAGCACGCCGGCCUCUAUGUAUGACUUGCAGAGACGACGGAUGGAGGAAUAUUUGAGAAGAUGUGAGAGAAUGGGGGAGACGGCGGCCGAGAUGAUGGAUCAGUUUAGCGGCGGAGAUGGAGCUUUGAGAACGACUAUGGCUGUUGAGGCGGUUACGAGCUUCCGCUCAAGGAGGAGUGAGAAGUCCGUUGGUAGUCGCGACGAGGAGGAGGAGGACGGUGAGCUCGACGUGAAUUUCUCGGGAAAUUCGGUGUCUCCGGCCGUCUCUGCGACGUCCGUUCGUGCUCCGUCAACGUCGAAGAGCUCAGGCGCCGCACGUCGCAAGUCAAGAGAGGUUGCGAAUGACAUCUGGAGAUCUUUGGAUCUGCAGGAAGAGGAUUUCGUAACCGACAAUUCAGAUUAUUAUUUCCAUUGCAGUUUCAGCAGAGAGACGACUCCAAGUAGCGAUCAGCAUCGCGGAGACACAGUAGAGGCAGAAAUGGAAUCCCCGGCAAAGCCGAAAAAGAAAUCCCGAGAGGUAGUGAUGAAUCGUCGAGGUGGGAAGCCGGCGGCAGGGAAUAAGGCACCAGCGGCGGAGAUAGAAGAGUUCUUCGCGGUGGCCGAAAAGUACGAGCAAAAGAGAUUCCAAGAAAAGUACAACUACGAUAUCGUGAAGGACGCGCCUUUGGAAGGUCGGUACCAGUGGGUUCGGUUGAAGCCUUAGUCUCGAUCAGAUCAGAUAUAUAUGCACCAGAAGAAGAAGAUCGAAGAUCAGAUCAGAUCAGAAUUAAAGAGACAAAUGUAGGUUAACUUUUGUUAUCCAUCCAUUAUUCAUCCAUCCCUACCUCCGUUCUUUUUAGUCAAAUUUAGCUUAAUUAGCUGUCGUCUUUGUACAGUACGUAUGUUCAUUUCCACCGCCAUUGACGUACUCCAUCUCCUUUCCAUUUCUACAUUAAUUAUUUUGCAUGCAAUGGUAUAUCUUCAGCUGUAUCUUUUGAGUAUUAUAUGUCGACAAUAUUUAUCUGCAUUAUAUUUCA